GGAUUGAAUGGCACAAACUUUUGUUCAGACAUUACAGGCAUUGUGGGUUCCCAGAGAAUUUUGGUGACUUUUUUUUGUCACCACAAGAAGUUGACAUUCAUGACUUUGAGUGAAAUAUAUCAACAGCUUUUGAAUCAGGUGACCUGAAAUUUGGAAAAAAAACACUUCUUUCACACAACAAGCAAACUACUAUCAAAGCUCUGGAAGUGAAGGAAGCUAAUGUUUAAAUUUUCUUUGGUUAGUUAUUGAAAUAAUACCCCUUUCAUCUGUUGCUAUGUGGUAUUCUUCCACCCAACCAGCAGUUUUUGGAUCAUAAAGUAAAAACUAAGUCAGGUGCAAACUGUUCAGAUUUGACAAAGUUUGGAUGUUAUGACAGGAAAGGCGUGUCCCUUGAAAAGUGGAAUCUGACUGUUAAAUGUUUCACUAUCAAAUGAAAAGGAAGAUAUUAAUCAACCCUGCAGAGCUUCAGCAAAUUCAGCACAACUUUGUGCCUCUCAUUCAAUUCCAAAAGGUUUAGAACAACAUUUAAUGCUGUUCCGAAGGUAUUUUCAAUGAAACGACAUAUCCUUGGUCACAAUGUAAGAAAAAUAUUACACAAUGUUAGAAUUCCUAACAAAAGUUAGUUCAGUCCAGAAGAUGGCAGUAAUGCAACACAACGGGUGCCAGCUGCCUUUAAGCCUCAAAGAAGAAGCAAGUGACGUAUUUCCUGUAACCCAGCCGCCGGGUCAUGUUGGUGUUCUGGGAGAAUAAAAGAAUCGCAUUUCCAUUUCUGAAGACAGACAACGCAACGAAGAGUGACUCGUUAAGCUUUGUUCACGUAAGAGAAAAGUUAAUUAGUUUCCCAGGUUGAGGUAGCUCAGAAGAUAAUGGCCAAGGUACAAGUGUUGAAUGUCGCUGUGCUGGACAACCCGAGCCCCUUUGGAAAUCCGUUUCAGUUUGAAAUAACGUUUGAAUGCAUGGAGGAUUUGCCGGAAGAUCUCGAGUGGAAAAUCAUUUAUGUGGGUUCAGCCGAAAGUGAGGAAUAUGACCAAGUUCUGGACUCUGUUCUAGUUGGCCCGGUACCUGCUGGCAGACAUAUGUUUGUAUUUCAGGCUGAUGCUCCUAACACAGGGCUGAUUCCAGAGAGUGACGCUGUAGGAGUGACUGUAGUCCUCAUAACCUGCACCUACCGUGGACAGGAGUUCAUCCGCAUCGGUUACUAUGUUAACAAUGAAUACACAGACCCUGAACUACGAGAAAACCCACCUCUCAAGCCAGACUACACUCAGCUCCAGAGAAAUAUUUUGGCCUCCAAUCCUCGUGUCACACGCUUCCAUAUCAACUGGGAGGGCUUGUCAGACAAGAUGGAGGACAGCGAGAAUGUUGACCCAUCUCCUAACAUCAGCGGCAUGCUCCCUCCGUCCUGUGUACCCGGGAAGAUGCCACCUCUUGGACUAAUGCCUGAAAACUCCAUGGACUGCAUGUAAGAAUCAACAGAUUAAGAUAAUGGACUUGAAACUCUCCUUAUCUGUAGACUCACCCACAUCACCAACACACGUUCGGACAAAGGGGCAAUGAAAUGGUCUACAUAACACAUGGACAUUUACAAGAAGCAGGGACAGUAUUUUUAUACAACAUACACAGAUGGGAUGAGGAAACUGUUACACACUGUUUUUUUUUUUUUCUCUUGUUCACGCUCUCAGCACUCACUCAGAUCUGCACAACCACCAUUGCCUUAUUUUACUGUAUCUCUGUCAUGGAUAAUGUUCAAACUGAGCCAGAGAAAGCUUGAACCAUCAGGGUGGGGCGCCCUGAGACGUGCAUGUCAGACUCACACACCGUGUUGAUCUGUUUGGUAGCCAUACUCUGCGGUACAUUUGGGCCCCUUGAGCACAGAUCAAAGCUCUGGGCAGUGCUCUGUAUGUCAGAACAGGUGUAGCUUCUUAUAGUAAAGCCUUUUCGUUGUUCUGAAGGUUUGUCUCCUCAUAUGUCAGUUUGCAGCAUCUGGAGAACCUGUGGGAUUAAAUGUUGGAUUGAAAACAUGGCCCACGUUCAGUGGCAUGUUGCAAGAAUUCCGUUUACUUACGGUUGGCUGGAUAGCUUAUGCAGAGCACAACUUUGUGCUUGCAAGUUGUCCACCUGCUUCUUCAAACAGGCCUCAGUUCACAUAAUGUUCUUAAAAUAUUUCAUAUGUGUCUGGAAUUAUGCACAAAACAAAGAGACGACGAAGAAACGGAUGCUAGAUUGCAGUCAAAUUGUUUAAUCGAUAAUGUAAAUGUUUUCCUGGCACUUCUUUUGUUUUAUUUCUUUUUGUACUUACUAUAUAUUCUCUGCCUCAGUCUUUGUAACAACAGUUGUGAGGUUAAUAAAGUUUGUUAUGUGGAA